AUGGUCGAAUUGCUACGCGAGAGAUGUGUGGUUGAUCCUCGCCCUGCCUAUCCUCUGCAGAUUCUAGGUACCAGAUACUACGUCAAUCCACAGGCUACGGAUGGCUACACACUUGUGUUCCUGCAUGCACUCGGCAUGCACAAAGAGACUUGGGAAGUUACAAUUUCUUCCCUGCUCAAGAUAGCAUCCCAGAGAAUCGCAUCAGCGCAAGUUCGCGAAAUCAUUUCCCUCGAGAUUCCAAACCAUGGAGAGUCGGCAGUGUUGAACGAAGAUGCGCUGAAGAAGGAUUUCGAUGACGACUGUAACCUCUUCAGUGUCCAUACGGAGUUAGGGACUUACAAGUUUUCAGGGCACCCUAGGGAAUAUACGCGCGCACUUCACUUGUUCUUGACUGCCGGGCCCGACAAGGGUGCGAAGAUAGAUUUUUCAAAGCGAGACAAGCUGGUGGGUGUCGGCCACUCCAUCGGCGUGGUUAUCCUAUUGCUCAUGAGAGAUCUCGAACCCCGUAUCAAUUUCCACUCGAUCCUCGCUCUCGAAUCGGGAGUGUCCCUCAAGGGCCAUAAAGAAAUGUGUUUAUCGGCACAAAUGCUGACCGCGUGGACGUGGCUACGCAGGGAUACAUGGCAAAGCCGAAAGAAUGCACGAAAAGAUCUUGCGUCCUCCCCUGUAUAUGACCAAUGGGACCCGCGAGUACUGGAUCUUUAUGUAGCCCACGGCCUGAGGAAACACCCGGCAGCAAAGUAUCCGUACCCCUACAAUUUCAAUGGCGUCACUACUUCUCUGUCAAGGGCUCACGAAGCCGGCUCAUAUCGUAGUGAACAACUCGUUGUAGACGCUAUGGAUGCCUAUACUGAGACCUGCAAGGAUAUCCCUAUCCAUCUUAUUUGGGGAACAAUCCAUGAUGUGGGCACGCCCAACUUGCAUGCACUAUUGGAAGAUAAGACUGCGGGGAGGGUCCCAGCGUCUGUCACAUACGUGCAAGGCGCUGGUCAUUUGUGUGUACAGCAGAAGCCGGAUGAUGUAGCUCAAAGCAUAUGCGACGUCUUAUUCUCUCAGGCGGCACGGUUGUAG